GACUCACCCAGACUCAUCAGUUAAUGGACUAGUCUAUGUUGGAUCUUUCUAUGAGGGGAGUGAGUACUGUAGAAGUAGAACAUCAAGAACACAGAACAUCACUGGGUGUAGCUGGAUUUUAUACAAUAAGACAUCGUAACUUAGAUAGGGAUUUAGAGCUUUAGCUAAAGAUGGGGAGUUGGAGAUCAUCUGGGAUUAUAUUGUUCUGCUGCAGCACAUUGCUGCUAGAAGUCAUUGCAAAACCUUACACCUUCAAGAAACAUCAUAAAAAACCUGAACAAUUUUUUGAAUCUUCAUAUCACGAUCCAUUUGAUGCUGACAAUGCAAUAGAAGAUGAUGACCAUCUAAGUGAAGAUGUGUUAUCUGACAAUGGUAAAAUAAUCGCCAAAGAUGCCAAAGAUGGAAAAUGGAUGUCAUGGCUGCCUGAGGAGACUGAGGUCAAUGGGUUCAAGGACACCCCAGCAGACGACACUAAUCUGAAAGCCAGAGAAAGUGACCCUAUGUCAGAGGUCAAGGACGUAUCAGAGUUCAAGGAUGUAUCAGAUGAGAAUAAUGCCUCUGAAGCUGAUGAUGAUCUUGAUGGAAUGGAGGAAGAUGAAGCAUCUCAUGAAGGGCUUAAUGAUAAUGAAGUAGAUGAGUCAGAGGAAUAUGAAGAAGAUCCUUGUGCCACAGUUUGGUGUCAUGAGGGGCGUGUUUGCCAGGCAUCCAGUGGAGGGGCAGAGUGUGUUUGUGCCCCAGAAGGCUACUGCCAGGGUCACGCCAAGAAAGUCUGUGGGUCAGAUGGCCAGAUUUACCCCAGUCAUUGUGAGCUUCAUAGGAUGGCAUGCGUGACAAGGAAACAUAUCGGCAUUGACCGCAAGGGAAAGGGAUGCCAGUCAAUUAAAGAUAAAAAUACCAAGAAAUCUAAAGAUGAUAAAAAGAAAUCUUCCAAGAAAGACAAGAAACAGAAGAAAGACAAGAAAUCUAAAAAACAGAACAAGAUUGAAAUAGAGUUCAAACAAAUCAAACCACAGCCAACUACAACUGAACCUACUGAGUUGAUUGUCGAGACCGAUUUCCCACCCUGUAGUAUUACGCCAAUGAAUGAGUUCCUCGUGAGCCUGUUGCAGUACCAUUGUGAGAGGGUCGGCGAGGAGAAUUGUAACUAUGGGGGACAUAGUAAACAGUUCCUUGUGAACAUUAUCUUCAACUACUAUGACCUUGAUGGUAACGAGAAAGUGGACAAGGUUGAACUGUACAACAUUGAGCACCGUAACCACCUUGAGCGUCUCUCUCAACUCUGCCAGCUUCCUGAUAUGUUGACGUUCUUUGAUACAAUGGAGCCUAAAGGAGCCAUAUCCAUUGAUGAGAUGUAUAAAGCAUUCAAUGUCUCUCGAGUGCACCUGAAUGAUAAAUUGAAGACAUUCAAGGUAUCAACAGCUGUCGGUAAAAGUAUUGAGUUGAAAUGUGCAAUAGAGGGCGCCAAUAGGAUCAUGUGGAAGCGUCACAGUGUUGAUCUACAGGAGCUGUCUACCAAAGAUAUCACGGUGUUUGGGGAUGGGUCUCUCUUCUUGAGUCCAGUGGGUCUACACCAUAUGGGAAACUUUACAUGCCAGGACCCUGAUGACCAUGAUGUAGUCCAAACACAUGUCAUUAAAGUUAGCAUGCCCCCCAAGGCCAAGGUGAGCUACAGUUCCCAGUACCACGUGAAUGGUGAAGAUGUGGUAUUGAAGUGCCAUGCUGAUGGGAUACCUACACCUCAUGUGGAAUGGCAGGUCAAUGAGACUCCAUUGGCUGAUGACCCCAAACAUUACCAAUAUUUCAAGAAUAACCAAACUCUGGAGGUGAUUCGUGCCACAUUCACAAAGGACACUGGAGCCUAUAAAUGCAAGGCUAAUAAUGAAGUUGGAGAAGACCAGGAUAUUACAACUGUCUUUGUGGAAAACUCAGAAGUUCCCCAAGCAAGUCCUAUAAACAGUGAGGUGUUUGUUGUAUUCCAUGAUGGUGGUUACAAUGUGUAUGAUCCACAACGCUGUAACGCUCAACAUUACAUCACUGGUAGUUACAGCAACUUCAAGCUCCUACACGAUGACCCAGUUGAAAGUCUUUGCCAGCAGGGGGAGCCAUGUAGCUGGGGUGAGGCUGUUAACGUCCUCAACAAAUAUAUCUACAUCAGUCAACCUGAUCUCAAUAGAGUCAUUAUCAUUGAUAUCAAAGACAGAUUCAAUCCAAUACAGGUGAUCCCAACAGACAAGAUCCCAGUUGCUGUACACUAUGUAGAGCACCUAGACCAAGUGUGGAUCUUGUGCUGGAAUAACAAGGACUACGGUGGUGUUAAAACAGCUCUUGUCAUUCAGAAGGCAUCAGCAGAUGGACAGCACCAUACCAUACACACAGAGCCAGUUGCUAACAGAUUCGACCAGAUUGAGGACAUAUUUGUGCCAGGAAACAAUGACCUAUCCCACCAGUUCAGCCAUGGGUACGUUGUACACCACGAACAACAGGCUCUCUUCAAGAUUGAUCUGGAGACCAUGAAGUAUGUCAGGACCAUUGACUUGAAGAAAUAUGAAUGUGUGCCACACAAAGUGGAAUAUGCUCCUUUAGGUGGAAAUAUCCUUGUGCAGUGCAACAGCCCAAUGGAAUUCGUGGAGCCCAAGCCAAAGUUACUCAUCCUGGACUACAUCACAGAUAAAGUCAUCGGACUCUACCCUCGUCUUGCUGGGGAACCCUUUGCCACCCCUGAUGGUCGAUACAUCAUCAACGUUGAUAAGAAUUCUGUCACAGUUUAUAGUGUAGAUGACGAAGGUAAUCUGAAACACUCAUUUGAUGAAUAUACCGGUGUACAUGUCAGUGAUGUUGCUUUCUUCCCAUCUGAUUCUGGCAAAAGUUAUGACUUUUACGCAAGCUCUACAGAUAAGAACGACGUCAUGUAUAUCAAUCUUGCCACAGGUCGUGUUGAACUCAUUGAAGGGGUGGGCCAAGGCAUGGAAUCCAAAGACUGGCCUUGGAGUAAGAAGAAUCGUCGCAUCACAAGUGGCGGAGUCUUCGGUGACUACCUUAUCACACCCUCUAAGAAUUCCAUUGUCGUUAUUGAUGGAAGAUUACGUCAUGUGCAGUGUGAGUGGAAUGAUAUCAUCCAUGGAAAUGUGGUUGUCUGGGUUGACCCAUAUCAUCUUUAAGUAUGACAUCAUCAGGGGUGUCAUUAUCAUGAAAUUUAGAAAAAUGGAAGGCAUUGUAAGGAAUAAGUUAAAGAACUGAUUGAGGGACAGUAUUUAGGAUAUAAUGUAUAACUGAUCUA